GACAACAUGUACGAUUCGAGUAGUGGUAGCAAUGAGGGCAAUGACGAUAAAAGCAAAUAUGCUGCGCAGAUAAAAUACCGCAGUGAUAGACAGAGUUGCGGACAAACACUUGAACAGACAAGCAACGAACAGAGCUCCGGCAGUCACUCCGGGGCCAACAAGCAACACUUUCAAAUACGCGUCGACAGCGUUGAUGACGACAGUACCGCGCCAAUAACGGAAUCAAAUUCCCGUGAGGAUCUCAUAGCAAGCACUGAACGCAUUGCUGAUACUACUCGUACGCGAGAUUUUCCACGUUUUCUGUCAGUUCCUGCUUUACGCAACUCCCGGCCAUUUUCUGAUAAUUUUGUAAAGCGCCAAAUCUCAUCCAGUCCUGCGAAAAGUGAGCGUGCAAUACGCUCAAGCUCGACAGGAGGGAAAAUGCGCGCUAGACGUUUGAGUCAAGACAGUGGAAUCGUUUCUGGUCGGUUAUUUGGCGGUUUGGAAAACGGGUUUCUCGACACAGUUGUUCCCACUAAACAUUUCGCCAAGUCAUCUGAUAAUUUGUAUAAUUUUUUGGUUAGUGAAGCCGCCACAAAUACCUAUAAUCAAAAUCAUAUAGAUCAAGACCUUCAUCAAACGAAAGAAGAAAAAACGCAAGUCAUCAUACCGUACACACCCAAAUUGGUUGAGCAACCACCAGGGGUGAAGAAGGCAACUUCUUAUACAGAAAAAUGGCUUAAUUCCACCAUGUCACGCGCCUUCGGCCAUCUGAAGUCGAAUUCUAUUGCGAUACCACUGCCUACUCAUAUCGAAACUGAGUCGGCAGAACCGAGUCCGACGCAAGCAUUUGGACCAAAAAUCGUGAAUACCGAAGAUAUUCCUGGUACAGCGAUGCGCCGAGGCUUGGGUCUGCAUUUAAAUACCACACCGGCAGACGGUACGAACCGUGGAGGAGAUCACGGGGUAUCUGAUACUUUGACUGACGAAGAUCAGGGCGAGGUAAUGGAAUCCGCACACUCAAAUAUCUUAAUUGAUCAGUUCGGAUACAAGCAGCUAAUAGCAGCAUCACGCAAGAGCUCUUUAGCAGGAAGCAAUUUUAACGGUAGCCAUAAUGGUAGUCGAAAAACCAGCAAAAGUCACAGCGCCAGUGGAGAUGAGAGCGAUGCUCGACGCAUAAGUAAACAAGACAGAGAGGGGCUUGAUCCCGAAUCUUUAAUGUUUCGUGACGGACGUCGAAAAGUCGAUAUGGUACUCGCGUGGGAAGAAGAGGAUUUUGGUGUAAUGACUGAGGCUGAAUCACGUCGUCGUGACUAUCGGCGCUCCUUUAUGGAGAAUCUUAUCAAAGAAGGACUAGAAGUCGAACUAGAAGACAAGACACAGUCAUUUAAUGAAAAAACAUACUUCUUGAAGAUUCAUUUACCUUGGCGUCUCGAAACCCGGCUGGCAGAAGUUAUGAAUCUGAAGCUACCUAUCAAGAGAUUUAUUACAAUCUCUGUGAAGGCGUCAUGGGAUGAAGAGAAUGUUGUGGCGCGAAAUAUGCAUUAUUGGAGGUCUGUAUGGAAUCGACUGACACGCAAAAUUCAGCUUGAUCAAAGUGUUCUAGAGGGUGAAACAACCUUUAAAGCAGCCACUGUAAAUGGCAAUCCCGAGGAGCAGUUCAUCGUCAAAGAUCGAGCCACCGCAUACACGAGCGCUCAACGUUCCCUAAUGGUUAUGCAGGUGCUCAUUCGUACGCCCUUCGACGACACCGAUCGCGUCGGCAUUCGCCGUUUACUCAACGAUUCCACGUAUUUGGCUUGUUUUCCUCUACAUGAAGGUCGUUACGAUCGUCCACACUCCAGUGGAAUGUCAUUUGAUCGCCGAAUUUUAUAUCUUACAUGGGCGCAUCCCUCACAGUGGUAUAAAAAGCAACCUCUAUGCCUGGUGCGCAAGUACUUCGGCGAUAAAAUUGCCUUGUAUUUUUGUUGGUUGGGAUUCUAUACAGAGAUGCUAGUGUAUCCGGCUGUGGUAGGUACCUUGUGUUUUCUCUACGGGCUUGCUUCACUGGACUCUGAAGACAAUACGCCAAGCAAAGAAAUUUGCAAUGAAUAUGGAACUGGUAACAUUACGUUAUGCCCACUCUGUGAUAAAGCCUGCAGCUAUCAACAUCUAUACGAUUCUUGUCUCUUUUCUCGCUUAACUUAUCUCUUCGACAAUCCGUCCACUGUAUUUUUUGCCAUAUUUAUGUCAUUCUGGGCAACUACAUUUCUGGAGUUAUGGAAACGCAAGCAAUCGGUACUCGUUUGGGAAUGGGAUUUACAUAAUGUUGAGUCCGAUGAGGAAAAUCGUCCGGAAUUUGAAACGAACGCCACUACUUUCCGAAUGAAUCCAGUCACCAGGGAGAAGGAGCCUUACAUGUCCACUUGGAGCCGUGCCAUCCGUUUCGUCAUCACCGGCAGUGCCGUCCUGUUUAUGAUCUCGGUUGUGUUGUCCGCCGUUUUGGGUACCAUCAUAUACCGCAUUUCCUUAGUUUCGGUUAUUUAUGGUGGAGGGGGAUUCUUCGUGAAGGAUCAUGCAAAAUUAUUCACAACUAUUACUGCAGCGCUUAUUAAUUUAGUCGUUAUAAUGAUAUUGACAAGGAUCUACCAUCGCAUGGCUAUCAGAUUGACGAAUUUGGAAAAUCCUAGAACACACACCGAGUACGAAGACUCCUACACUUUUAAAAUAUUCUUUUUCGAGUUCAUGAAUUUCUAUUCAUCGCUCAUCUACAUCGCUUUCUUCAAAGGGCGUUUCUUCGAUUAUCCUGGCGAUGACCAAGCGAGACGUAGUGAAUUCUUUCGCCUAAAAAAUGACAUCUGUGAUCCGGCAGGAUGCUUAUCGGAGCUGUGCAUCCAACUUGCCAUCAUUAUGGUAGGCAAGCAGUGCUGGAAUAACUUUAUGGAGUACUUGUUUCCGAAAUUCUACAAUUGGUGGCGACAUCGCAAGCACAAAGCGGCUACCAAAGAUGUCACCCACUUGCACAUGGCUUGGGAGCAAGAUUACCACAUGCAAGAUCCAGGGCGCUUAGCUCUGUUCGAUGAAUAUUUGGAAAUGAUAUUGCAGUAUGGAUUUGUUACGCUGUUUGUGGCUGCAUUCCCUUUGGCACCACUAUUUGCGUUGCUCAACAACGUUGCUGAGAUCCGUUUGGACGCCUACAAAAUGGUGACGCAGGCGCGGCGUCCGUUGGCGGAACGGGUAGAAGACAUCGGUGCCUGGUAUGGCAUUUUACGUAUUAUCACAUACACAGCGGUGGUGUCCAACGCAUUCGUGAUAGCCUAUACUAGCGAUUUCAUCCCUCGCAUGGUCUACAAAUUCGUGUAUUCAGAUACGAACACACUUGCGGGAUAUAUUGAGCAUUCACUCUCGACUUUUAACACAUCCGAUUAUAAAGAGGAGUGGGGUGCCACAAGCAACGAGAAAGAUCCCGAUGUGUGCCAGUAUCGUGGGUAUCGUAAUGGACCUCAUGACACCGAACCCUAUGGCCUGAGCCCACAUUAUUGGCAUGUUUUCGCCGCACGCUUGGCUUUCGUUGUCGUUUUCGAGCACGUCGUAUUCGUCAUCACAGGCAUCAUGCAGUUCAUAAUACCCGACAUACCCGCCGAAGUGAAGACGCAAAUGCAACGUGAGCAGCUGCUGGCCAAAGAGGCCAAAUAUCAGCAUGGCAUUAAACGCGCACAACAGGGUGACAAUCAGGACUUGCUGAGCAUCUUCCGGGAUGCCGGAAGUCGUGGAAGUGGCGCUACAAUGGGCACAGGUGGUUUUAUGGGUCGUGGCAGCUGGGCGCGCCGCUUCAGUCGCCUGAGUGAUGGCUUGGAUGCCCAUGUGGAGGUGGCGGCACGUCCUCGUCGGUCAGUCGAGUCGACAGUGUGGGAAGUUUCUUGACACGAAGAAGAAGAUGAUGCUGCGCAGAUAACUACAAAUGCCAAAUAGUGAAGCUAUGUGUAGCCACCUAACCAUGUAAACUAAUGAACAUUCAAGUGAUCAUCUCAAUUUGUUGAUCACUUCCAAAC